UACGGAGUCAGGUUUGGAACCAGAACUAAGCUUCUUUUGAAGUCCUCGAAAGCUCAAACAAGUGUGAUGCUAACUUUGAGCAGUUCGAACCUGGUAAAAUCUCUGAUCACUAGCCCUAGAACUUGUUAAUCGACGCUGAAUUACAAGUUCCUCAAUUCUAGGACUUCGAAGAUUGGUAAUGCGGGCGUUGAUCCGUCUCUUUGGUGUUUCUUGAGGCUGAUUCGUGUCAGUGCAGAGCUGAAUUCAACAGGCUGCAGAGUCUUCUGCUUAAUUUUGCAGAUAUAGGUUAUAAUUACGGUAUAUUUUAGGAUUUUCGUUGCUUUCUUGAGCAGUUCGUUCGGUUUCAAGAUUGAAGAUGGCGCAGAGUAACUGGGAAGCAGAUAAGAUGCUCGAUGUGUACAUUUAUGAUUACUUGGUGAAGAAAAAAUUACAUGCCACUGCUAAGUCCUUCAUGAAUGAAGGAAAGGUCGCUCCAGAUCCAGUUGCAAUUGAUGCUCCUGGAGGUUUUUUGUUCGAAUGGUGGUCUGUAUUCUGGGAUAUAUUUAUAGCAAGGACGAACGAGAAACAUUCUGAAGCUGCUGCUGCAUAUAUAGAGGCACAACAAAUUAAACAGAAAGAACAACAACUGCAGAUGCAACAACUGCAGCUUAUGCGUCAAGCUCAGUUACAACGAAGGGAUGGUACUCAUCCUUCGCUUGGUGGUCCACUAAAUGUUGUUAAUUCUGAAGGAAUGUUGGGGCAACCAACAGCAAGUGCUCUGGCAGCAAGAAUGUACGAGGAGCGCAUGAAAAACCCCAAUUUAGUCGAUUCAGAAACAUCCCAACCACUGCUUGAUGCAAGGAUGGGCCUGAAACCAGCUACAAAUCAUCCAGGACAGAUAGGAAACCCUGGAAGUGUGAAUGCAGCAUUGCAACAGAUCCAGGCCCGAGGUCAGCAGCCCACGGAUAUUAAACCAGAGGUCAGUAUUGGUGGUACUCAAAGGUCAUUGCCUAUGGAUCCAUCUUCAGUUUAUGGGCCAGGAUUAAUACAGUCAAAACCUGGAAUAGGAAACACAGGAUUGAACACUGGAGUCAAUAAUCUUCCACUGAAGGGAUGGCCUUUAGCUCAGGGUCUUGAGCAAAUAAGGCCAGGUUUAGGCGCACAGGUUCAAAAACCUUUCCAAAGUGCUAAUCAAUUUCAGCUCUUACCGCAGCAGCAGCAGCAGCAGCUCUUGGCACAGGUCCAAGCACAGGGAAGUCUUGGUGGUUCGGCUAUGUAUGGUGACAUGGAUCCUCAAAGAUUUAGAGGGUUAUCAAGAAAUAAUUUAAACGCAAAAGAUGGUCAACUAAUUGCAAAUGAUGGAUCAAUUGGCUCGCCUAUGCAGUCAACGUCAUCGAAGAUGAAUAUUCCACAAAUGCAACAGUCUUCUUCUCAACAGCAGGAUGGUUUGCAUCCUCAGCAAGUACAACAGAACCGAAAGAGGAAGGGACCUUCAUCAUCUGGAGCUGCUAACAGUACUGGAACAGGGAAUACCAUUGGACCUAACUCCCAACCAUCAACUCCAUCAACUCACACCCCUGGUGAUGGAGCUGUUAUUGCCCCCAAUAUGCAGAAUGUUAAUAGCAUGCCAAAGAAUAUGAUGUUGUAUGCGAAUGAUGGACCAGGGGGUCUUGCGUCGUCCACAAACCAGCUGGAAGACAUGGAACAUCUUGGAGACAUUGCCUCCUUAGAUGAUAAUGUAGAAUCAUUUCUCUCACAUGACGACGGAGAUGGAAGGGAUUUGUUUGGCACAUUGAAGCGGAACCCUUCUGAGCAUGCUGCAGAAAAUUCAAAGGGUCCUUCUUUUAGUGAAGUUGGUUCCAUGCGUAAAAGCAACAGCAAAGUUGUGUGCUGUCAUUUCUCUUCGGAUGGGAAGUUAUUGGCAAGUGCCGGUCAUGACAAAAGGGUCGUUAUCUGGAACAUGGAGACAUUGCAAACUGAAACCAUGCCAGAGGAACACACUCUUAUCAUUUCUGAUGUUCGUUUCAGACCCAAUUCAACGCAGCUAGCCACAUCUUCCUUUGAUGCAACUAUUCGACUUUGGGAUGCAGCACAACCAACUUAUUGUCUACGUGCAUAUACCGGACAUACCUCCCAAGUGGCAUCUCUUGAUUUCCACCCUAAGAAGAGUGAGAUUUUCUGCUCUUGUGAUGCGAACAAUGAGAUACGGUACUGGCACGUCAGUCAGGGUUCUACACACAUCUCCAAGGGUGGCAAUGGCUCGAAGCAGGUGAGAUUUCAGCCAAGAACAGGGCAGUUUCUGGCUGCAGCAUCAGAGAGCGUGGUUUCUGUAAUUGAUUUCGAGUCAGACAGGCCAACACUCUCAUUAAAGGGUCACGCAUCAGAUGUCCAUUCUCUUUGUUGGGAUACAAAUGGAGAUUAUUUGGCAUCCGUUAGUCGGGAUUCUGUCAGAGUGUGGUCGAUCGCCACAGGAGAAUGCAUUCACGAGCUCAUUUCUAGUGGAAAUUUGUUUCAUUCUUGUGUUUUUCACCCAAGUUAUUCCUCCCUCUUGGUUAUCGGCAGUUACCAGACGUUGGAGCUGUGGAACAUGGCUGAGAACAAGUGUAUGACAAUGCCUGCCCACGAGUGCGUGAUUUCAUCUUUGGCUCAAUCACCAGUAACAGGAAUGGUUGCCUCCACGAGCCACGACAAAUCUGUCAAGAUAUGGAAAUAAGAACAAACACAUCUUCUCUUGCAUUAGGUGAGUCAAAUUCUGAUUACACAAGUUUAGUGGCCUUUUUUCAGUUUUCUCAAAACUGCAGCUAUAAGGCUGAAUAUGCAAUUUUAAAAAGAAACGAAAAGGUGGAAAAAGGGAAAAAA